UUAUGUUAGCUCGUGUUUCGACCCUCUUAAACAGGUGUUUAUGUGUAUUCCCUUACGUGUGUCAGCGGCGUCAGGUAACCAUGGCAACGCCUCCCGCGUUAGCAACGCGCGGUGCUUUUUGGGCUAACGCUAAUGUGGCAGAUAGUGAUAGUAAGAAAUAAACUGCAUGACGUCGGGGUUCAACGCGCGCUUCAAAUAUCCUUUUUCGAGCACCGACGUCGCGGAUAAUGUUCAGGACGAAUUAUCAGGGCGGAGCCGUGGUGGAGGUCUUCAGCGGGCAGGGCAAAGACCCCGUGGCCAAAUGGAAGCUUUGCGGAGGUCCGUCGGACAUACACAAGGAGUACAAUAGAGAAGUGAAAGGCUUUGUUUACUGCCUGGAGGGUCGGAGUCGUCCAGUCAAGAUGCAAAUGCCGGAGAACGCAAAAAGUUCACUCGGACUUCUUCAACGUUUCUUGGUCCUUCAAGUAAAAAUUCCCCAGUUCAAGGAUUUUUCCGUUGAGCUUGUUGUCUUGACAGCAGACUUCACAGCACCAUCUAAAGUGAAAGCACCGUUAAAAGCUUAUCUCACAGGGAUAACUGAUUUAGAGCACCUGAAAAGAAGACUUCACAUAUCAACAGUGCAUAAAGAGUUGUCUGCCACACUUCUGCAUGCAAGGAUUCCUUUUGUAGGAUUAAAACGCAGUAUUUGGUCCAAUUUAUGCAUCGACCUUGAAUCCUUCAGCGGUGAACUCUUCAAGGGUUUCUUGACACUGGAUGCCAUCACGUUGUUUGCCACCUGUAAAGUCCGCAGAAUCUUCACCAUGAAAACAGAACCUUCAGGAGGGUCAAACGAUGAUAUGUUUCUCAGUGGAGCUGGUAUUAUGGACUUGACACCUCGCAGUUGCCAUUUCCCCCCAGAUGUAAACCAUGUCACUCAGGUGUUGAACAUGGAGAAUUUGCUGAAAGCAAACAUGAUGCCUGGACUGCCGAGCUCUGACUGUGUUGCUGAUCACUCUACCUGUGCCUCAUCAACGAGUUAUCCACGAUCCAGGCCCCGCGGGGUUUUACACACAGCUUCGGGCUCCAGGCUUUCAGGGCCAACCACUCAAACUGGAAGAAGAAGCAGUGCAGCCUCAAACAGAAUGGAGAGAAUGAAAUCCCCGUCCAAAGGAAUGAACCAAAAAGGCACUGCAGAAAGGGAGAGCAUUGUCGAGAUGACUGAGAAUGUAUCACAAGAAGAACCUUCCUUCAUUCCUAUUCAGGGGCUGCAUGCAGGGAGCCUUGGCUCUCUACAGCCCCAUCCCCCAAAGGACACCGUGUUUGAUAAGCAGGGAUCUCAGAAGCUGAAGGUCUCCAGCACUGGAAGAGAGAGGCUAGUAUCGUCAGCUACUCCAGAUGGGGUAUCUGGUGGCCAAAAAAAGAGAAGCAACACUCGGCAGAAGUGCAGUCCUCCACCGUGUCGGAAAGAGAGCGAGCACCGACCUCUGACCCCAACAGAAAAGACCAAUCACCCAACAGCAGAUCUGUACAGCUGCACUCUUGCCAGGGAGAGUUCAGGAGCUGCUCCCACACCAGCGGAGUGUCUCCCCCACUCGAUCCGUCCAGGUUCCUCUGGUGACCUGCAGGACGGCAGCAGCUGGGAUAGUAAUGAGGGGCCCGAGCCCCGGCUCACUCUGCAAGGGGAGGUGUUCACUUUCUCAUCCCAGCCGCACUCACCCAGACGAGGGCACGGCCAGGGUGAGCAGGAGAAGAUGGAGAUGGGAGAUGAUCAGGUCCAGAGCAGGAAUGGGAGGCGGUAUGAAGCGCAGCUUGAGGAUGACUUUAUCGGCAGUGAAAGUGAUGAGGAUAACGCCUACGACACGUUCAACCCAGUCACUCCCGGAUCUCCAAGUUCAACUUCAAAUUUGAGACUCAAAGUGCCUCCUGAAUCUCACAACGUUAUUCAAACACCGCCAAAAGAGCCCAGUCCACCGACUGCUGGUUUGCAGUCUUCCUCCAGCGUGAGAGCGGAAGCAGGCGGGAUCGCACCCACGCGCUGCCUCUCGCCCGGUGCGACACCCGGCAGACAGGAAGUCGAGCCUGCCUCGCGUAGAUCAGAGGUGUUGAGCCAGGCUGUGGAUGUGAACAGCAGUGUAUCGCUUUCAAGGAGACUCCUUCAAGAAGUCAAAGCGGAUGACUUAACGCAGCACAAGUUAAUCGCUUUGAAGGCGGAAGGCAGCGACGCGCUGAAGCCCGUUGACUUCGGCGAUCACAAGUCACGCGCCGCCAGCAGACCGCGAACGCGUGGCGACGAUGAGCACGAGCUUCGAAUGCUAGCGAGUCUGAAAAGAGAGCAGGAGGAAUAUGAAUGUGGAGCCUCGGGCCUCAGUGCAUCUCAGAUCCACCACUGCAAUGUCAGCAUCAGCACGAGCAGUGACGACGCCUCCACCUGGACCCACAUCUCCACGCCAGCUAAUCAGGGUCACCACUAUCAGAAGGAAAUGAACCCCCUUCUCCAAUCAAACCCCAGGGAGUGGAUGGACGUGCUCAGCCCUCCCAUCAUGCCUGCGGGCCAGCGGAGAAGGUCAGACAACACUUGGAACCAUUUAGAAGAUCUAAUCGGAGGACGGGAGGAGCAGUCAGAGAACGACGAGGAGAAGGACGAUGAGUAUUUGAAUCUGCUCUAUGAUCCCUGCCUGAACUGCUAUUUUGAUCCAGAGACGGGGAAGUACUACGAACUAGCUUGACUCAAACGCUUGAGAGAAUGUGAAUGAAUAAAUCAGAUGUCAUAGAAAGUGGAUGAAUGGCAUCAUCGAUUGUUGAGUUCCAAAUGAAUGCAUCGUUCACAGAAAUCUCGCUGCUUUUGUUUUUGAGGAGCUGACGGGAGAUGUGUGUCUCUGGAAUAGUCGUAUUAGUGUGUAAGGGAGAGGGACUCGAUAAAUCAGACACAUGUUAUUUGCAAAAAAAUGGAGUGGUUGCCCUUUCAGGAGCACAGCCGAUGGAGGAAAGAGUCUUUUCGGAAGUCUUGGCCAGAAUAUUAAUAAGUGAGCUUUUGAAAGAACUUCCUGGACUGUCUUCUAACAAAGAUUUCUGGCAUUUACAUUUGGCUUGGAUUAGUAUAACAAUUUUGUUCUUUAUUUAUUAGAAUUUGUUUUAAAGGAGUAAUUGAAUUCUUUUAAAUAAAUUAAAGUGGAUAUGAAUUGAAGUGACGAUGGUGCUGUUUUAAUGUGUCAAUUUGCAUGAACGUUUUGUGUUGAGCAUGUCGAACAAAGCUUUACUUGCUUUGUUUUAAUGGCCUGAAAAGCAAAAACAAUGAAAGAGGAUUGAUUUUGAAUGUAUUCAUCAUUCAUCGAAAUUAAUCCAACGUUGAAGUUCUAAUGAUCCCUUGUUGUUACAUGUGAACCUGUACUAGAUGUAUUUAAUGUAACCAUCAGUUCUUUUCAUCCAUCCUGCAAAAGCACUGAUCACACCUGAUGAGUGGCUGAUACGACAUUGAUUCAUGUUCAGCCUGAGAUGAAUUGUCCGGAGAAUAAUGAAAUGAAAGGAGAACCCAUAUCCAUUUAUCAAAUUGUGAUUCCCUGUAGUUUUAAUCAAACAAUAAAUCCAUCUGGAUCAAAGGCUGACCUUUCGGAUUGCCCUGCAGCCAGCAUACUGGGACUCAGAGCAGGGCCGCUCUCUUUUUGUCCAAUACUGACAUAUACAAUUUGUACACUGUUGCAUAAAAUGAAAUAAUAAAUAUAUAAAUCUUUAUGUAUUUGCAACAAAACCCAUUGUCACCUAGUUUAUGUGUAGUAGUACUAUUCUAGAGAUAAAAUAGAGCAUUUAAAUAUAUUUAUUUCUAAACCGAAGAUGAUUUCUAGAAAUUGUGCCUUCAGGAUGACACAAGAUGUGUGUGUUCAUGUUUUCUUUUUUUUAAUAAUGUAUCCCCAACUGUAGAAAUGCCAAUUUAAAAAAAAAUCGAUAUGCUGCCUGAAAAAUAGUUGAAGUCGAGACUUUAAUUUGUUUUGAAAGGGUUCACCAGAAGCAGCAGGCACAGCAACCACAAACUGUUCUAAACGUGGCUCAUCGGAGGGCCAUGUGACACCAAACCGCCCGUCACAUGACGUCGCCUGAAAGGGGGCGUGGAAAUGUGCUUCACAACAGGUGACAGCCACCAGGAAGUAAACAACUGGCGUUGCAGUCGGACAGAAGACGUUUCUAUUGAAUAAUCGAAAUGCUCCCCAUCAAUUCAGGUCCCGACUAUAUUUUUUGAUAAGUUAUAAUGUAGUGCGCUUUAUUUUCACCCUUUAUAUAAGUGGGCUAGCUAGCCGGGCGCUAAAGUCACGACGAUGUCAGCACAACAGGCCGGGUUAAGACUUCACCCCGGGAUUAUUGCCUCGGUGAUCUUCGUCUCCGUGGCGGCAAUGUUUGCCGCUCUAUUGAUCAUCCGAAAAUACUGCCACCCGGUCAACGAGGCACGAUACAGAUACUCACAGCUGAGGCGGAUGGAGGACCAGGGUUCAGCAGUGACAGAGGCUGAAGGCGACAGGGGGCCCGGCCCAGUCGGAGAGGAAUCAGACGAGGAUCUUCUGGAAUGAAGCUCAGACCAAGACCCGGAUGAACCGACUAAAGAAGCGUUUAUCGUGGAGGAAUCUUUUAGCGCUGCAGCUAAUGAUUAUUUCUAUUUUAUACUAAAAACAUCAUUAGCUCCAGACAACAUCAGAAAACACUUUUCACAAUUUUCCUCCACCCCAUCGUGACAUCAUCAAUAUGUGUUGCUUUGUUCACCCCAACAUUUUCAAUGUAAUCAUUUGAAAAAUGCUUCAGAAGCUCCAACCAACAAAUGUGUUGCUUUUUAUAAUUGGUUGCUAAGCUAAACGCUUAAAGUUUUAGUAGUUUGUGGUGGGAAAACACAACAAGAAAAUCUAAAUGUCUAACCAAAGAACCCAGGUCCAAAGAACACUUAACAACAAUACCUCCAAAAGCAGCUAGAUCUCUCAAGAAGGUUUAGGAAAUUAAUUAAAAUAAAUGUGUGGAUUCAAAUGAGGUAAAUACGAGAUAUGGCAAUUGGAAAUGAACCACCAGCGGCUUCAUCAAUGGUACGAGCACGGGGCGGAUCAGUGAAGGUACUCGUUAAUAAUUUAACAGCAGCAACGUCAAACGUCUUCAGUACGGUUGAAUAUGCCUCAAAUGAAUUAAAAAACAAACAAGUGGUGGCAUUGUUUCCCAGCACUUCUGAUAUAAAUGACUGCGACAAAGCAUCACAUGGAGGUUUGCCAUUUUAUGUGUGUGUUUUUUUCAACUCCAUCGCAGACCUGCAGCUGGACACAAUAACUACCAGUUGGCCGACCAUUUGAUUGGAAUUAUAUUUCCAUUUUCCCGCUAACCUCAACUCACUUAAAGUCAAUUUGCUAUUUAAUAGUGUUAAGACUGAGUGAUGUUGCAUGCUAUUUCUUUGACUGCGUUAUUUGCCACAAAGAAAAAUAAAACCUCCAGUUUCACCUUUAGUUAGAAAGUGACGUGCGAACAUAAUUUGUGUAACGUCAGUGUGACAGGGUGCUGACAGCUCGCACGGAUUCAUCAUUUAUCAGAGGCGUACACACGUACAGCAUUUAAGAAAAGAGUAGGAGUAUAUUUUGAGUGACGUCAUUCAGUCAAACGUUUCUCUGAACGCAAAACGUUCCCUCGUUGCAGUCAAAUGUGGUGCACAUAGGCCCUCUGCUGGCUGUCUGUAGUACUGCACCAUGUGACCAGUAUGAAGCGUUAAGAUGCUGUUAGUGACAAUAUGUAACACUAAACCCGUAAUUUAAAUAUGUUUGGGGGGGGGGGGGGGUAGAGAAAAGAACAGAAAACAGGUAAAACUGCAAAUACCUAAAAUAAUAAUCAGUAUUUAAUGUUAGUGAUCAAACUUGCUGAAGGACUUAUGUAUGUAAAUAUCAGCACUCUGUACCAUUUCAGUUUCAGUUUCAUGCUCGUUUGUUUGUUUUGUUGCAGCCGAAGCGACUUAAUACAUGUUGUGAUGCGUCAGCCAUCUUUAUUUGUGUGGUUUAUUUGUCACAAUAUGGCCACACACAGGCUUUAAUUCCAUAAUCACCCACUCAACUGUGUGUUGAUGGAUAAAUGAUGACCGUGCUAUGAGUGACCACACGAUUCCAAUAAACAUCAUUACGGCCGGUCA